AUGUCCGCAGCCGCUCCGCCAGUAUACGAGCAGGCCAACAUUGCCGAGAAGGCAGACCUGCCCUCGGGCACUGGCCCGACACCGACCAUGCCCCCGACGUCGACUGCCGUCCCGGGCCUGUCGAGCCCCGAGUCCGACGGCUCCUCGCCCAUGAUGGAGCGUUCCGUCUCCCUCUCGAAGGUGCGCACGAAUCCGAACCUGGACGAGAAGACGGCGAAGGUCGUCUACGAGAAGUCGCCCGGUAUUCUGCGCAUCGAGGCGAUCACGUCCAUGUUCACGCGCUGGCACCUUGCGUGGCUCUUCUUCGCCAUUUUCCUCGUCUCGUACUGCUACGGCCUCGACGGCACGCUGCGCUACACGUACCAGGUAUUCGCGCUUGCUGAGUGGGCUGCUUCCGCCCAAAUCUCGACCAUCACGGUCGUCAGGAGUAUUGUCGCUGCGGCCGCGCAGCCCGCCUUUGCGCGUAUCUCGGACUACUUUGGCCGUAUUUCGAUUCUUUUCAUCAGCACUGUCUUUUACGUUAUCGGCACCAUCGUGCAGGCAUGCGCGACCAACCUUGCCACUUUCUCGGGCGGCGCGGUGCUGUACCAGUUCGGUUACACUGGCGUCCAGCUCCUGGUCAUGGUCAUCAUCGCCGACGUGACGAGCACGCGCAACCGUCUUCUCGUCUCCUUCAUCCCCGCCACUCCUUUCAUCAUCAACGCCUGGGCCUCUGGCCCUAUUGGCGACCGCGUCUCGCCCGGCGUCAACGCGGACGGCUCUGCUCGACCCCCCUCCAUCUCCUGGCAGUGGGGUAUCGGCAUGUGGGGCAUCAUUUUCCCCGUUGUCGCGCUCUCGCUCGUCAUUGUCUUCAUCCUCGCCAAGCGCCGCGCGAAGAAGCAGGGUCUCCUCGCCGGCCUGCCUAGGGGCAACCCGCUCUCGCUCUCGCUCUGGAAGGACUUUUUCUGGACCGCCGACGUCAUGGGCAUCAUCCUCCUCGCGGGGGCUCUCACCAUGAUUCUCCUCCCCUUCACGCUCGCGGGCGGCGUGCACAGCGAGUGGAAGAAGGCCAAGAACAUUGCGGUGCUGAUCGUCGGCUUCGUCGUCGUCCUCCCCCUCUUCCUCUUCUGGGAGUUCCGCUUCGCGACCCACCCCGUCUUCCCCUUCUACCUGCUCAAGGACCGGCAGAUCGUCGCCGGUCUCGGCGUCGCCUUCCUCAUCAACACGGCAUGGUACUGCCAGGGCGAUUACCUGUACUACACAACUUUGGUUGCGUUCGGCAAGUCGAUCCAGCAGACGAUCUGGACGCAGAACAUCUACUCCUUCGUCUCGGUCAUUGUCGGCCUCAUUAUGGGCCUGGCGGCGCGCUACCUGCGUCGGCUCAAGUGUAUCGUCGUCAUUGGUGCCGCCAUCAUCCUGAUUGCCUUCGGCAUCCUCAUCCGUUUCCGUGGCGGGCACUCGACGAGCGACUACGCGGGCCUCGUCGCCGGCGAGGUCCUGCUCGGCAUUGCGGGCGGAAUGCUCUCCUACCCGACGCAGGCGCUCACACAGGCGGCUGUCAAGCACGAGCGCGUCGCCGUCAUCACCGCCUCGUACCUCGCGUCUUACUACGUCGGCAGCUCCGUCGGUAACACGAUCGCGGGCGGAAUCUGGACCAACACCAUGCCCGGCCAUCUCGCCACCAACCUCGCCAAGGUGACUGACAACUCGACGAUCGCCACCGUCGUGUACGGCAACCCCCUCGCCGCGCUCGAGUACCCGAUGGGCACGCCCAUUCGCGAGGCCAUCGACCUAGCCUACAGGGACGUGCAGCGCUAUCUCUGCAUCACGGGCAUCUGUCUUGCCGCUGUCCUGUUCCUCCUCACCCUCACUCUGCGCGACAUCCGUCUCACGGAUAAGCAGACCAAUGACGAGGCCGAGGAAUGGGUCGCCGAGGACGCUGUGCAUGAUGUCAGCUGGAGGGGCAUGUUUAAGGACCCCCUUGGCAUCAUUGGCCUCGGCAAGCACCACUACUAA